AUGCGAGAAUUGUGGCUGGCGUGUGCAUUAAUAGCAACCGUAUGCGGGCAGUCAAUCAACAAGGUGCACCUCGGGUUCCCGGAAACGUGGGAUGGGGAUAAGUAUCGGGAACUGUAUUGCCCGUCCAAGAAUAUUCCCAAGUGGCUCGAUGGAUAUUUUUUAUGUCAAUUAUCGGCCAGCUAUGGUAAUUCGUCAGCUCCGCCUGGUCAGCGUCUCAACCAUAUGAUUGAUGCUAUUGGGGCUGUUGCUUCGUUUCAUAUCAGUAAUGGGCAGGUCGUCUUCUCCGCCCAGUACUACCCAGCGAGGCCCUACAAAAUUUGGGAGUUCUACGACCGAAAUAUGUCAAAAUCCUCGAUCCCGUGGGCCGGCUGGUCCGAUUAUAACCUGACGGCAAUGGCGAGAUGGGAGCAGGUCCCCUCGAACCCCGACUCGGCCCGUUUCCACCCGAACCUCGAUUUCUGGAAGAUUGGAAACCGGGUGAUCGCCGGUACUGAAGCGCCCUACUGGGUCGGCUACGAGUUUGACGUCAAGACCCUCAAUAAAUUCCAAUUGUUCCCAUUCACGGAGGAGAACGAUAUUUUCGGAGAGCCCCGGCCUUCGAUGAUCCCGAUUUCGAUGGCUAUUCAUGAGAGAAACGAUGCCGACGGUACCAUCUGGGGCACAUUUUCCGCGAUGAACUUCAAUGAGCAGCGGUUCUUCCAGGGCAUCUUCACCGUCGACAAAAAUGGCGUAAGACGGGUGGUCGGGCUGUACGACUACGGUGUUUGGGAUCAGAAUGCCUGUGGGAGGGAUGAUGAGUAUAUUGGCGACAAAACCCUCCUCCCCGGCUACGUUCACUCAAUCACCUCCACCGAAAAGUAUAUCAUUUUACCGAUCACGUCGCUGCUCAUCAACCCGUGCAAGUUUAAGGAACCCCCAAUGACCAACCCUCGCUCGGCGAUCCAGAAUGGAGGCCUCUGGGGCAUGGAUUUCUAUGAUAUGGUACCGAUGAGAUUCUUGGUGUUCAACAAGAAGACAAAGGAAUGGGUGACGCCAAAGCCCCUCGAAGUAUUCCCCUCAAUGUUCGUCACCCAUCAACUCAACGCUUUUGAUAGUCCGGAAGGGAAUAUUGUCGCUGAUAUGGUCGUCUACGACAGCCACGACCCCUACGUCAAGUACUUCUACACGGAUUUCCUCACCUCUCAGCUCUACCCGUCCACCGCCAGAAUUCUCCGAUUCACCCUCGACGUCAAGCAGCACCGUGUCAUGUACUCGUACUUGAUCCCGCAGGAAACCAUCUCCGCCGACUUCCCCCAAAUCAACCGCGGUUACGAGGCUCGGGCUUAUCAAUGGAGUUGGAUCGUCGAGCAUCCGUUUGCAGCUGAUAACAAGAUUAUCAAGAUUAACGUUGACGACCCAUCGGGGCAGCGAAACGUCGAGUACAAGGCCGAAAGCUCUCUUGUACUGCAUGAACCGUGGUUCGUUGCUAGGCCUGACUCCAGAAGAGAAGACGACGGUGUUUUGCUGGUCAGGGCUCUCGAUUUGCAUGAGAAUAAGGGAGUAUUGCUGGUCCUUGAUGCCACGACAAUGUCGGAAAUCGGACGAGCUUACGUGCCGAUAAAUGUUCCAUUUGGGUUCCACAAUCGGUUCUUUUCGAAGAAGGAUCUCGGCCUCCCGGAAGGCGUCCCACCUACCCCUCAACUUGCCUCGCAAUUCCGCCCUGGCAGCCCCACCGAACUCCUGAAGCGAAGGCCAAGCUCAUCCUCGCGACCGAUCUACCAGACGAUCAAGACGACGACAACGACCACCACGACGCCGAGACCGCAAACAAUGACGACACAAAAAUGGACUCCGUACGUAACGACGACGACUGAAGCGACGACGACCACCCCACCACCUACCACAACCGCCAAGAUUCCAAGGUGGUGGCCACUGGCUAGUGCUGCGACUGAAGAACCGUGGUGGCAGAAGGUCCGCCCAAAGCAAGCCACCCUCCCCCCAGUCCUCACCUUCGGAGGAGUCGACAAAAUUCCGGUGGCGAGGCCCGCACCUAGCCCAUCGGUAGCCCCGGUCUCCACAAACCAGAUCUCGACCGAGAACCUGAGGGGCAAUAACGCUACGGCGAUUGAGGACAUCUAUGAGGAGACGCUGAACGCGUUGUGUAGAUGGUUGCCGAAGGUGUUCUCGGCCAUCUCCCACGACCUGUGCAUCCAAAAGGGCAAACAGGCAGCCAAGGCGUACAAGCUGACGAGGACCCGCACCUGGUGGGAAGACGAGCGGAAAACGCUGUUGGCCUACGGAAACGAAUACGGCGUAGCCGAAGCACGAUACAAACUCGGCCCCGCCUCUUUGCGUCGGUGGGAAGGGAAUCGGUGUACCCAUGUUCCCCCAGAGGUCGAUCGUGAUGAGGCGGCCGCGCGGGACCUCUUUCUUCUCUUCAACAACGCCACCUUCGAUCAGGACGAUACCUUACAAGUCUUUUCAGCCCAAUUGGAGCCGCAAUGCGUCACCCUGGACGUCGGGAAUGAUGGUGCUGGAAAACUUCGCGCGGCUGUACGAAAAGUGACAUCAAUUCUCCCGGGUCUGCAAAAGCUGUGGCUGCUAAUUCCCUACAAAGUCGCGGAAAUCGCCAUGCUCGUCGACGUGAAGACCCCCGCGAUCACGGCCCAAUUCGCACUGCUUGAACUUUUUAUACGAGGACUUCCCGCCAAUCCCGACGUUCUCAAGCAGCUCAACAACACCCUGGAGACGACACUGAACACCCUGAUCGAGCAGUGGCAGCGGCGUGAGCGGGAGAUAGACAACAUCGCGCUGAUCGCACUGUGGAAAAUGGUCUCAGCUGCUGGGCUGCCGUCUAUGAGGACCAACUGGACCCAUCUCUGCCCUGGAACCCGCGAGAUGCCCGCCAAGCUGUGCGAGGGCAAGACCGACCCGCACUACAUCAAAUGGGUCAAGGAAUCGCACGGAUUCUGGCUAAUUCGCCGCGGACCAGGGAGUCGCGAUGGCUUGUUGAUCGGUGUGAAAGGGCCCAGCUUCCUGCUGAUCAGCUGCGACUACAACUUCCGCAGAGUGCGCUGCGUUCUUCGCCGCCUCGAACAAAGCCCAGGAGGAAAUCAAAGCCGCUUUCGCCGGCGACGAUCCUUGGAUGUGGAGGCCAACCGGUGGCCGAAGAAAAAUCGCAGGACCAUCACGGAUCGUUUUGCCGCCACGGAACGUGCGGAACUCGCGCUGAAGGAGUGGUCGAAGAAGGCCCCGUACAACUCGCUGCCCACCCGCGAGAAGGCCAUUGAUCGUCUGUUUUGUGGCCCGGUGCUGCGCGGCUCCAGCGGGGAAUCGUUUACGCCGACGAUGGAAUUCGAGCCCCCGGAAGAUCAGGUCACGUGCCAAUACCCCGUGUACCAC